AUGGAUUUAGGCGGAAAGAAAACGAUUGAGCUUCAGCAUCCUCCUCCUUCUUCCCCUAGUUGUAGUAAUGCAAUAAUUUUUGUACUUAUUCUUUUAUUUAUUAUUACCUUCACAACCCGGACAAUAUUAGGGGACGAAUUUAAUUUCAAUGAUGCUUCCGAAAUUUGGUUUGGACAGUCGGCUCCUCUUACAGGUCCUAGUGGUUCCGUCGGACAAGAAUUGAGGGAUGGUAUUUUGACGGCUUUUCAUGAACUCAAUUCAGCUGGAGGACUGUAUGGGAAAAUCAAACUGAGGCUUCUCUCGUUAGAUGACAUGUAUGAACCUGAAAAGACUCAACAAAAUGUAAAUUACUUUCUCUCGCUUCGGGCAAACAUGACCAUCUUUGGUUUAAUUGGUAUAUUUGGUUCCUCUAAUUCUUUAUCCGUCCUUCCUUCUCUUCAAAAUAAUCGCAUUCCCUUAAUUGGCACGUACUCGGGAGCCAUGUUUUUGAGAAAACCCUUCUUUCCUUACAUUGUGAAUUUACGACCAGCCUAUUAUGACGAGAUGAGUGCUCUUGUGGACUAUCUGAUCAACAUCAAGAUUGCUCGUAAAAUAUCUGUUUUCUAUCAAAACGAUCAUUUUGGUUUGUCCUGUCUUGAAGGUGUGCAACGUGCACUGGCCUUUCUCGAUUUGGAACUAUGCUCUUCUGGCUCGUAUGAACGCAAUACGGAUGAUGUUGAGAAUGCAUUUAUUGAAAUUUCGAAAUGUAAACCAGAUGCCGUUGUUGUUGCGUCGCUAUAUAGCCCAGCAACCAAAUUUAUCAGAAUGGUUUACAAUUCAUCCCUAUUCAGAAGUGAUGUUAUCAUUGCUGCUUCUUCUGUUGCCAGCGAUUUGAUUGUCAAUCAAUUAGAACCUGUUCUGGCAUCUAGGGUCAUUUUUACUCAAAUAGUUCCACACAACCUUAAUUACAGUAUUGUGAGAUCAUUUCAAAAAUCUUUUAGAGAGAUGGGAAUGAAUGAAACACAACUGAGUCAUGCUCACAUAGAGGGAUAUUUGAACGGAAAAUUUACAUAUUCCAUUCUACAACGAAUUAUUGGAAACUUGACAAGAAGUAAUUUCAUCCAAACACUGUACUAUUCGAAAGAGGUGGUAUUCGAUAAUUUAAAGCUGGGUCCUUAUGAAUCAUGUCAACCACAAGAUGAGGGUUUGUCAUUGAACCCUUCAAACGAAACAUGCAACUGCAAUCAAGGAUCUAGAAAGAUAUGGAGGACAAAAUUUGAUUCUCAAACAAAAACAUGGAUAGAAGAGAGCACCUUUUCUUGGAAAGAUUGUUUAACAGAUUCAAAAAGCAUUGAACAACCUAUUUUACUUGGUCAACUCGAAUAUUCAGGAAGAGCCUCUAGUAAUGAGUUAUUUUCAACAGGACUCAGAAAUGGUAUUAAUUAUCCCUUGCAACUGCUUACCUUUAAAUAUUCUGAUCUGAACUCUCUUAUUGAAAAAACGUUAGAUUUAGUCGAAAAUUACAAAGUAUUUGCAUUGGUCGGAUUUACUGGUCUUUCGGAUGUCAUCGGUCGCAACGACGAAAAGUUGAACAAAUUAACUCAAUUUUUUAAGAACAUCAUUCCCACAGUACCGCUCAUUGGACCAGUCACUACUGACUUUAAGAUUAUGGGCAGUAGUGCAUCUAACUUUAUUGAUUCUAUUAUCAACAUCAGAAACAGCUAUAUUGAAGAAAUUGGUAGCUUGCUAGAUUAUGCGUACAUGCAAGGGUUUACUCGUUUCUCGUUCGUUUAUUCAUCUUCAUACAAUCAUGUUUAUGAAUAUUUGGAUUUUUUUCUGAAGAACGUUGGAUUGUCUUUGGAAAGUGUUCAUCAAUGUGGGGAUGACAUUCAAUUUAGUCGGAUAAUUAAUCCCCAAGUGUUAUUUAUUGCUUGCCCUGUAGAUAGAAUUACAAAUACGGUGCAAAUACUUGACAGAAGUGCCUCAUUUAGAGACGAAGGACUAUUUAUUGUAUUAGAAGAAGCCAAGGAUGUGAUAUCUAACAACCAAUUUCAACAUAGAGUAAUUUACAGUACUCCUUUCCCAUCAACUAACUCGUCCUCGAGGAUAGUAUCAUUAUUCAGAACCUCAUUGAAUAAUUUAGGAAAUUUUUCAUUGAGCCAUUACUUAGAAUCUGAUGACGCUCUUGAGGGCUUUUAUGUUGGAAAAUUUAUAUCGACAAUUAUUGAUGCCUUAAAUUAUGAGCCAUCCUUAAAUUUUCUCCAAUACAUUUACUCGACAAAUCAAAUUGUAUUUAGUGACCAACAACUAGGACUUUUUUUACAAACCUCUAACCUUAAAUGCAACAUUGGAAUAAGACAAAGAUAUAUCUAUACAAUGCAUAGAGGGAUGAAAUAUCAAAAUUAUAUUGUUAAUUUUCCUCCAAAUCAGUGUGGCCUCCAAGAAAUAGUUGAAAAACCCUAUUCUAUUUUGUACAAAAGACCUCUUCAAUUCAUUCAAUUAAGACGAUCAAAGAACAACCCCACAGAGACGUUAUUAGUUGAGUAUGGGCAGACCGAUAGCGUCUCUAAAGGCAUUUUGUCUCUAUUUAAUUUACUCAAUGAGAAUCAGAAAUAUCAACACUAUCGCUUUCUAUUAUUAACUCAAUUUUAUAACGACCAAACAAAUUUAACGUUUCUAUUGGAUGAGUUGAUUGAAAAACAAAAAGUAUCUGCCUUUAUUGUUCCGGAUGUCAAUGGAUUAAAUGCGAUUGAGUUCAAGAAAAUUGUGGAUUCUACACAAGUUCCAACUAUUGCUCCACUCUCUGGAAGCAUAAUUUUUAGAGAUUUUUCACGUAACAUUAUUAAUUUAUUUCCUUCGAUACUCGAUGAGAUAUUUGUGUUAACCAACUUCUUCCACACUAAUUUUCAAAAACAACACAUUCUAAUUCUAUAUCAAGAAGAUGAAUAUGAAUGGUCAAAUCCGACUCUUCACUCUACAAUAAUUUCAAUAGCAGAAGGUAAAACUUACUUGAUCACCAUGAAGCCAAUCGAAUCUAUUAGCAUUGUAUCUGAAGAUUACCAAUCAGCUUUGAUCUUACUUGCCGAUGUUGAUGUUGUUGUGAAAUUUCUUUCGAGGUUUAUUUGGAAGCUUAAAAACAACCCGCAAUUACUUAUUGGAGUCACUUCUCAGGUGUACAAUGAUGAAGAUUUCUUUCAGUCUAUACUCUCAAACGAAAUCAGUAGUAUUAACUUGUUCACAGUAUUGAUAACUGAGCCAUAUUAUUUUGGUAAUGCUACCUCAAUACCAAACUCAUACAUCGUUUAUCAAUUUAGCAAUAUAUUCAGAAAAUAUUAUGCCAACGAUAAUUAUGGACAUAAUGGAGCUCUUAAUGGAUUUAUUAUUGCAUCGUUUAUGGAUAAGGUUUAUGAGUCCUUGUUUGGAAAAAUGACAUACAAUCUGCAAGAAUUUGUACAACAGGUGUAUUCAUUGUCAUCUUUUGAUUUAGGAGAUCUAAGGAUUGGGCCGUUUCUGGAUUGUAAAACUUCCGUUGUCUCUUGUGUUAAAUGCAAUCAAGGCAUGCAUGACAUGUAUGUGGGACAAUUAUCCGACAAAAUGAGCACUACAAAAGUAUCAAAUUACAAUUUACACAUUGAAACCUGUGGAAUUAUGAAGGACGAAAGCAAUAAUGUAGACUGGAAAAAAUAUUACCCUUAUAUAGCUCUGUCUCUGUCAUUGGUGUUUGUUUUCAUUUUACUUUUACUUCCAUUUAUUAUAGUGAAAUAUUUGAAACACAUGAAAUAUCUAAAGACUGUACCAAGAUCGGGGAAAAUUGUAUUUGCCUUUACGGACAUUCAAAAUUCAACGACAUUAUGGCAAAUCAAUGAAAAAGCAAUGAAAGCUGCUCUAUCUAUACAUAACAAGAUUAUUCGCGAAAAUAUUAAGAAGUUUAAAGGUUACGAAGUUAAAACUCAAGGAGAUUCCUUUUUCGUUGCGUUUAAAAGAGCAGAUAAUGCCAUACAUUGGGCUCUCAGUGUUCAAACUCAGUUACUGGAUGCAAAAUGGCCUUUGGAAAUUCUGAAACUUUGGGACUGUAGACCUGAAUUUGAUGAAAAGACGAGGAAAAUGUACUUCUCUGGAUUGAGGGUGAGGAUAGGAAUGCAUUGCAGUGACAAAGAUUACCUUGUCGUCUCCGAAAAAAAUCACAAACGAAUUGAUUACUUUGGAACAGCCAUCAAUUUAACAUCGAGAAUAGAGAGUAUUGCAAAAGGUGGUAUGACAUUAAUCUCCGAUUCAUUGUUCAAUGAAACCUUAUAUUUGUUUAAGAACGUUUUGAAUGGUGAAGAAACUGGACAAGUAUUGACUUCAAUUCAAAACAAUACCUCUAAUUGCGUUCCAGAAGCAAUCCAAGGUUCGAAAUACAUGGCACAAAAUAUGGGACAUUGUGCAUUAAAAGGUAUCAAAGAAAAAGUUAGGGUUUUUUAUAUCUACAAUGAUGAAUUGGUUGGUAGGAGGUUUGAGAAUACGACACUGUCUUUGGAUAAUAAGGAUGGAAUGAAUCAAGAAAAAAAUAACACGGAACAGCAUGAACAACAUUCAUCACAGAUAGAGAUGCAAGAUAUUAAGGUUGAUUUCACCUCUCAGGAACAUACUGUUUAA